UCGAACGUCAACAUUUAUCCUAUAUAAUGUAAUUGUUGUGGUUGUUAGGAAGCACGUAAAAUUUUCAUGUUAUUGUGACUAAUAUUUGAGAAAUUUUAUUCAAUAUUAGAUUAAAUCAUUAGCGUUUAAACAAAGAUGGCUUCAUUAAAUAUCUUCUUCGAGAACCAAGGUUUAACUUGUGUGGCAUGUGAAAAUACCAUUGAAUUAAAACAAAUUGUCUCACAGAAGUAUUGUAUACCAUAUGACGAUCUCUACGUCACAUCUAAUGGAAAGAUAAUUUCUUCUGAUGAACCUUUACACGCGAACAGCGUCAUUCGAGUAUGCUCUCGAUUAAUUGGAGGGAAAGGUGGUUUUGGGUCCAUGUUACGAGCUAUAGGGGCCCAAAUCGAAAAGACGACCAACCGUGAAGCGUGCCGUGACUUAUCUGGAAGGCGUUUACGUGAUAUAAACGAAGAGAAGCGUUUAAGGAAGUGGUUAGAGGGUCAGGAAGACCGCGAACGCGAAGCUGUCGAACGGAAACAAAAGAAACUUGAGAAGUUACUUGCAGAGCCGAAAAUCGACGUGAAUUUGAACCCCAGCUACGAGAAAGAACGCCAAGAGCUACCGGAGCGUGUAAGUUCAGCUGUAGAAGCCGGUUGGGAGGCUGCUGGAUCUUCUAAUGAGCGGAAACGCAAAUCUGACGAAGUUCAACAAAAGAAGAAGAAAGCUAAGUUGUGGAUUGAUGCCGAACUGUCUGAUUGCUCCUCUUUAAGCGAUGAUGAGGAAGAAGUUGAGAAACCAAAGACUCAGUCGGUGUCCACAGACAGUGGAAAUGAGUCUGAUCGCACAACAGGAAGUAGUAAAGUGUGAAAAUUUGUGAACAAAUUGUUUUAUUUAAUUGACUUUUAGAGAAUAUUCAUAUAUAUAGAAUAUGUGCUAAAAUUAAGUUGAAUAUACUAUGUAAACCUAUUUAAAAAUUCAUCAGUAUACUUUUAGAAUUCAUUCGAUCAAAAUACAUUUCACAUGAUUUAAUAAAAAAGUGCACAAAAUAAGACUUUAACAAUUAUCAGUGUAAUAACCAUGCAUUGUUCUUGUUGACAGAUACUAUAAUUUCGCAAUAGCUCUAAUGUUUUUAAAAUAAAUACUACACUUUGAUGAAAGUAUUUAAUGAAAAUGCAAUAGUUUUAUAUACUUGUAAAAUUCACACAUACUGCAUUAUGUACCUGUCUGACUUUGUAACUAUUCUUUGAUAACUAACAAGUAAAAUGAAUAUGUAAUUUGAAUAAAUAAACAUUUUGUUAUA